AUGAGUCAACGAUACAACGAUACAAACAAAUACGGUGAUGUUCGAGUAACGGAUCUGUCGCUAAGAGAAAAAACAAGAAGAGUGAUGUUAUCCUUUCGACUUUGCAUGGUGUUAAAGAAAGCUGGCUCUGAAUUCACUGAAGACAUAUUUAUGAAGGAAGUAAAGACUGGCAAAUAUUUUACAGGUCUUCAAAUCAUAGAAUUCAAGGCAUUUGGUAAGUCACAUUCAGUCGAGAGGUCUUUGUUCACGGCUAGAAGCAAUAACUACAGAAACAGCAUCCUACAAGAAAGCACCAGCUGGGAUCUCAAAUGAAGGUUUUAAGCUGAAAGGGCAUAUUUAAUGCAUUAUAAUCCCAACAAAGGUCAAACUCUCACAUCAGAGAGUACUUGAUAAUUAUUGGGAAGCCUGUGGCAAUGCCUUAUCUAAAUAGUGUUCGUCGUCUUUGCUGCAAAAAGAUGGCCGGGAGGGACCACUUUGUCCGUCCUCAUGGGAUGAUGCCUGAUCUUUAAUAAUUAUUAAAGGGAAGGGUAGGUCAUUCCAGAUAUACAGGCUUGGAACAAAAAUUGUGGAAUGCAUUAUUUAGCCUUUAACUUUCUAGGGGUAAAGCUCACAAACUGGAAAGCUAAAGAUGGCGAGUGUGCAAAGUGUUCACAGGGAGGAGGUGGUCCGUUUGUGAUAGAAGCUGGCAAAUGCGAGCCAAAAGCUGGAUACAGCUGUAACGGUUUCAAGAAAAUGGAAAAGUCAAGUGAUUGUGUCAAAUACUGUGAUUCAAAUGUUGGUAAGAAAAAAUAAUAUAUUGACUAAUAAUAAUAAUAAUAAUAAUAAUAAUAAUAAUGAUCAUAAUGAGUCUUUAUUCCACCAAAAGAUAAAACUACAUAUCUUAUGUUACAAUUUGAGAAGAUAAAAACUAUGAUAAAAAUAUCUACGUUACAUUAAAAAAAAGUGUAUCAUUACAAUAAAUGGAGGAAUGAAGGAGUCGCCCCAUGCAAUUGCUGAAUUUUACGUAAACCUAAAUAAAUUCAAAAUUAUAGGCUUGUUUUCAAUCAUCCAUGUCGCCAUGACAAUGAUCGAAAUCCUUUCGUUUAACCCAAUAAAUUUUAUUUAUAAAUACAUUUUGUCCGUACCAAAUGUGAGAUUUACACCUGCCACAAGUCUUAGUUAUAACAUCCCAAUAAAUGAUGCGACUCACAACCCAUCAAACUAUGCUCAGCUUCCUUAAGAGUAAUGACAUUCUCAUGACUCGACUUACGCCGUACGAUAAACGCCAGGAUCAAGAUGGCUGCAUAGGAGGUGAAAAGUAUGUCAGUCGAUAAUAAGCAAGCAAUUUUUUAAUUUAAAUUCUUCUUACUAACAUCACGAUUUUUUUUUUCAGCGGCUGUAACACUUUCUUCGUCUGUCUUUAUACUGGGAAUCCUUUUUUCUUUCAGGUAACUUGAUUUCCUUAACCUAAUUAAGCUAAUUUAAGCUAAGCAAGGAUACAACUGGCUCCAGUUUGUCCAGAUACCUGUUACACCGUUAGAGACUGAAUUAAUAUUGAACUUGAUGCGGAGGAAAUAAGAGAAAGGACAGUACACUGAAAUAGUCGAUCAAUAAGAUUUCGCCCCAUGUAAUGGAGUCCAAGAAAGUCAGUUGGAUUCUUGAUUCCACGCCGUAGAAUCCAGAUUCCUAGUACUGGAUUCCAGUCUUCGUCAGUGGAACUUGGAUUUAGUGGGAUUCCAGAUUCGUUUAGCUGUAUUCGGGAUUUCAAAGCCAAGGAAUUUGGGUACCAGAAUCAAAAUUUUUCCGCAUUCCGGAUUCUGGAUUUCACAAGAACAACUUUGCCGGAUUCCGAAAUCCGAAUUCCCUUACAUGGGGUGAAUCACAGAUUACUAAAGCUGUAACUGAAGUGCAGUUAAAGUUAUGAAAUACAGUGGACCUUCUCCACAAGGAGACUGCAGAGACUGUUGUAGGGAGUUGCUCAUUUUACUGGAAGGUUAAAAGCAUUUUGGUCUCAGUAGAGGGCGGGAAUAAUUCCAUUGUUUUCAAGACCUUUGACAGUGAGUAAAUGCGCUGAGGAAGAAGACGAGAAGAAAGGAAAGUAGGCCGUUGUAGUGAAGUUACCAUUUCUAAGCUUUCGAUUGCAGUGCAUGUUGAGCCUACAAAUACGUCUUAAUUAGAGAGACUCUUUUGACUGGGGCGUUUCUAAAAGCAUGGCCUUUUUCUUUUGCAGCUUUAAUAUGUGGAAGUGACUGAGUCGUUUCGAAGAUAGUGGAAACGAGUCAAACCGGAACCUGAAUUUUUCAAAAUCCUGUUUGUUUAUCAAAAGGAAGCUUUAGCACCAACGACGGCGACGGCUACGAAAACGUCACUUAAAAAGUGAAUUCGCGCUACUUCAAACUUCAUCGCGCUUAUUCCAUCUCGUUUAAUUCGUUAAAUGUUGGCAAUUUUUUCUGAAGUUAAAUUCUAAACGACUGUAUCAAAGUUCAGGAAAAGAAGAAGAAAGUCGUCGUCUUGUGUUCGCGUCCUCGACAAAACGUGAAAUUAGGCACUAGGGAGAUCAAGAGUCACGUUUACGGCAAACAGGCAAACGUCAAAUUCAAGUUAAGAAUUUCUCAGAAUAGAAAAUAAGCAGAUAAAAACUGUUCAGGAAAAUUCUUAUGGAUAGCACUGGCAUGAAACCGCUUAUUUUUUGAGUAGAAAUAAUAAACAGUUAACGACAAUUAAGGGGAAAACUUGGUCAUGUGGUACUACUUCACGUUUGGCGAAAACCUGACUCUUAAUCUCUCUAAUUUCACGUUGUAGUCGUGCAGCCACGGCAAAGAAAUGUAAGGAAGCUUGAUGCACGUGUCAUGUUUUUGUUUUGCGAAUCUAAACCUAUUGCUUUUCUGCUUUUUCGUUGCCGUUGCCGUUGCCGUAGUCGUUGCUAAGUUCAUUUUUGAAAAAAACUCUCCUCUCCUGCCAGGAUUUCUACUUCGCGUUAACUCCCUGUUCUGAAUACAACAGUACAACUCAGAAUACAAUUUUAUGUAAAAAUUCGAUCGCAUUUAUUUUUUUAGUCAUAGGACUUUAGUUUAAGCGCUAAGUCUGAUUUUUUUCUUUUUCGUCUUCGAUUCUUAGUGUGCAAUAUACAAAUUAAACAUAUUAUUAUUCAGAAGAGUGCGAUCUGUAAACAGCGGAAAGGUGUCUUUGAGAUCAUAACAUACUAGUUACCGUCACAGAUUUUUUGGGGGUUUUUAUUUGGUAAAACAAUUUAUGUUUAUUAUUGAUCAUCAUAUUUAACUCUCUUUUCGUAUCAUUUCAGCGAACCCUAUUAAUAUACAAAUCACUAUUAAAAGAAACUGUAAUUGAACACUGCAAAUAGCAACCCUACGCAAUAUUUUAAUCUUCACUGAAACUUCAAAGAAAAAAUCAAAAUCACUUAAAAAGCAGAGUUUGUAAUUAUUUUAUCUUAUAGAGAAAUAGAGAAAUGCACUUAUUAUUAUUAUUAUUAUUAUUAUUAUUAUUACUAUUAUUAUUAUUAUUAUUAUUAUUAUUAUUAUUAGUAGUAGUAGUAGUAGUAGUAGUAGUAGUAGUAGUAGUAGUAGUAGUAGUAGUAGUAGUAGUAGUAGUAGUAGUAGUAUCAUUAUCAUGUUGGCUCGAGAGAUCACGACAUAAAUAAUUGAUUUGAAGUCGCAGUCUCGUAAAACAGAAAUAAAAAGGAAAACAUUUUCCAAACAUGACUGAUGGAUCUAUGUUCAUGAUUUGCCUGUUACUCGGUAGUUUGAGGAUACGAAGAAAUAUUCAUUGCAGCAAAUAGUCUUCAUCAAAUAGCAAUUGUCAUCUGUUUAGUUGUGUUUUUGUUGUUCUUGGUAUGUUUUUAGGCAGAGGUUCGAUUUUCUCUUCGCAAAAUGAGCGACAUCUCUAAUAGCGCAACCUCGUCCCCAGGUCCUCUCAGUUUCCGCUGUUGA